AUGCGACACAAAAAUGCUUACUUGCGACACAAAAAUGAACGCCUACUUGCGACACCAAAAACGAAUGCCUUCUUGCGAAUGAACACUUUACAACAGCAAACGAGCAAAACGGCACCCAAGACUGCUGCCGAGGGACGGCUGACCGCAACGGCUUUUUUUGAGAAGUCUCUUUUUCUUUCUUUCUUUCUUUCUUUCUUUUUCUCUUUCUCUCAAGGUUAUAUCUUCUGUUUACUUUUAUUUGCUUCAGGUGUGAGGUCUUUCUUUCCCAUUCUCUCUUCUCUCUCUCCCUUUCUUUUUUUUUCUCUCUUUCAUUCACUCUCACUUUCUUUCUAUUUAUCUUUCUUUCUCUAUCUUUUUCUUCCUCUAUUUCUUUCACUCAUUUUCUCUCUCUCUCUUAAUGUGUCUGGUCUUUCAUUCACUUUUCUUUAUCUCACUUUUUCUCUCUCUCUUUCUCUCACUUUCAUUCUCCUUUUCUUUCUUUCUUUCAUUCUCCUUUUCUUUCUUUCUUUCUUUCUUUCAUUCUCCUUUUCUUUCUUUCUUUCUUUCUUUCUUUCUUUCUCAUUCUCUCUCUCAAGGUUACUUUUUCUUUUUACUUUUAUUUGCUUCUGCUUUAUUUGUUCUGUUUACCAGUUUUUACUGAAAUAUCUGUCAAAUAUGAUGAUUUUUGAAGAGGAAACAUUCAGACAAUUCUGA